GUCGGCGUCAAGCUAGGUAUCGCUGUCCAGCUUCGUGCAAGGCAGUUUAAUUUUACGUUAGAUCCUAGCUUAUCUGCAGAAGAUUUGCUCAUCUCUAUUAACCAUAUCUCGUGCCGCAAUUGCGGUCCGCAUGCCAGCACCGCAACGUCUACCAGUGUAUGCCUCCAUACCUUCGCCAAGUUGUCUGAUGGUUGUAAUAUGCUGUAAGCGCAAGGCUUCCUGUCCCCCGUCUCUCUCACCUGCACCACCGACUUUCUCCUUGAUUGUCCUUCCGCCAUCCCCAACAGCGCCGCCUCGAAGAUGGUAACGACUCGAUCAGCCAAUACCAAGACGGCCCAUGGCACGGCACGGUCCAAUGGAUUCUCCCAUGGCUCUGCCAACGGUGAAUUGUCCCGGAAGCCGCCGGCAAAACGCGCCAGCGAGGAUAGCUUCGACACUGCGGCCAAGCGCCCGAAGCUCGAGGAGACGACAGACCUGACGCGAUGGCGCAUGCUGGACGAGAAGGGGCGCCAUACGUGGCACUACCUCGAGGACGACGAAGCGGCAGAGAGGUGGCCGCAGAGCUACGCGGACAAGUGGUAUCUGGGAUUGGAUCUAGGACUCCCUACCUUGCCCACCCCUAAGAAACCGCUCGACGCCGUCGUCAAUGGCUUGACAUUCUUCGAAAAGCUUCAAUUGCCGUCCGGUCAAUGGGGCUGCGAAUAUGGCGGUCCCAUGUUUCUACUUCCCGGCAUCGUCAUCACCUGGUACGCGACCAAGACGCCCAUCCCCUGGUACGUCGCUACCGAGAUCAAAAACUACCUCUUUGCGAGAGCGAACCCCGAGGACGGCGGGUGGGGUUUGCACACCGAGGGCGAGAGCACUGUGUUCGGGACUUCGUUGAACUACGCUGUCCUCCGGAUCGUCGGCGUCGACCCGGAACACCCGGCCAUGGUCAAAGCUCGGGCCACGCUGCAUAAGCUCGGGGGCGUUACCCACGCGCCUCAUUGGGCCAAGUUCUGGCUGAGCGUGCUCGGUGUUUGCAAGUGGGACAUCGUCAACCCCAUCCCCCCCGAGCUGUGGCUGCUUCCCGACUGGGUCCCCUUCGCGCCUUGGAGGUGGUGGAUUCACAUACGCCAGGUCUUCUUGGCCAUGGGCUACAUCUACGAGAAGAAAUGGUCUUGCGAGGAGACCGACGUCAUCCGAGCGUUGCGGCAGGAGCUGUUCGUCGAGCCGUGGGAGCAGGUGAACUGGGCCGGCCAUCGCAAUAGCAUAUGUCCCAUCGAUAACUACCAUCCCAAGUCUUGGCUUCUCAACACGGCCAAUUGGUUCCUUGUCAACGUUUGGGAUCCGUAUCUCCGCACCAAGGCCCUAGGCAAGAAAGCCGAGGAUUGGGUCAGCAAGCUCAUCGAUAUGGAAGACGUGAACACGGACUAUGCCGAUCUAGCCCCCGUCAAUGCCGCGAUGAACACGGUCGUGUGCUACAUUCGCGACGGACCGGGCUCGUAUUCGGUCCGGAGACAUAUCGAGAGGCUGGAGGACGCGAUGUGGGUGAAUAAGGAAGGCAUGUUUUGCAAUGGCACCAACGGCGUGCAAUGCUGGGACACGUCGUUCCUAGUCCAAGUCGCGACGGAUGCGGGACUAGAACGUGAUGCUCGGUGGAAGCCGAUGCUGACGAAAGCGUUGAAGUUCCUCGACGACCAGCAGAUACGCGAGAACUGCGAGGACCAAGCUGUUUGCUAUCGGCAGCAGCGCAAGGGUGCUUGGGCCUUCAGCACGAAGGAUCAAGGUUAUGCCGUGUGCGACUGCAUCUCCGAGGCGUUGAAGUCGGUCAUUCUCCUCCAAAGGACACCCGGUUACCCCCAACUCCUCGAAGAUCAGCGCAUAUUUGACGCCAUCGAUACGCUUCUCACGUACCAGAACAAGUCCGGGGCUUGCUCGUCGUACGAGCCUACUCGGGGAAGCGAACUACUAGAAAUGCUCAACGCGGCGGAGGUGUUCGGUAAGAUCAUGGUCGAGUACGACUACGUCGAGUGCACGACGGCGGUGGUCACCGCGCUCUCGCUGUUCCAGAAACAUUGGCCCAGCUACCGGUCGGAGGACAUCAAGGCCUUCGUCGGGCGGUCGCUGCGAGCGAUCAAGGCAUACCAGCGGCCGGACGGGUCAUGGUACGGCAACUGGGCCAUCUGUUUCACCUAUGCCACCAUGUUCGCCCUCGAGAGCUUGAAGAGCAUCGGCGAGACGUACAGCAACAGCUCCUACUCGAAGAAAGGCUGCGACUUCUUGAUUUCUAAGCAGAGGGAAGAUGGCGGGUGGUCGGAGAGCUACCGGGCCUGCGAGAAGGUGGUCUAUACCGAGCACCACACCGGCUCGCAAGUGGUAAUGACGGCCUGGGCGCUGAUAGCGCUGAUGCACGCCGACUACCCCGAUAUCGAGCCCCUCAGGAGAGGAAUCAAGCUCAUCAUGGACCGACAACAGCCCAACGGCGAAUGGAAACAAGAGGCCAUCGAAGGCGUGUUCAACAAGAGCUGCAUGAUUUCGUACCCGAACUACAAGUUCACUUUUACGAUGAAGGCGCUGGGCAUGUUUGCGAAGAAGUACCCGGACGAGACAGUGGUCUGACCUACGCCCAGCACGGAGGCCUCGGAACGAAGGAUACGAGCUUGCGGGUUCGGCGUGUGACGGUCCCACGAAGGACAGACGAACGGGAACGGUGGACAAGAUAGAAGCUAUAGCACACCUAAUGAUAAUAACAGCAACAAUUAGUUUUGCCUGCUGCUGACGGAGGAGAUGGAUGCCGACGAGAUGGGAUGCCCACGUAAGGAUUGAUUUUCCUUGGAUGUUACGUGUAACUCGUUUGUGCUUCGCGUCGGCGGCUGGUCUUCACCGCCUUCCGUUUUCAGGGG